AUGCUUAUGGAUGACGUCCGAGAUUCACCUCCUCCUUCGCAUAUCCAGCAGGAUCAUUUGAUUGAGAUAGCACAAUCACAUCCGCCGGCAAGUUUACAAUUGACAGGCGCGUCUAGGGACUCACUGGUAGAGCUGGCAAUUCGCCAACAAUUAGUGAAUUACCAUCUCGUACUGCAUCAUUACCAUUUGGCAGUGGCCGCCGCAAUUCAGCUAUCGGCCGGUCUUCGUUAUCAUAUACUGCGCGUUCUCUUCUGUCCAAUUGGUCAACGAGCUUUCUUCCUCCCCUUAGAUUCUCAUCCAUUGAUACCGUUGGACAGAGUAGACGAUGCCGUAGUAGAGCGAAGGCACCAGUUCCUUGCUAAGGUAGCUGAGCAAGGGACAGAGGUCGAUCGCAAAUUUGCUAGGAUUUUGUCGUGUGACUGGAAUUUAACUGUCGACACCAUCCAAAUAACGCAAGUCCUGUGUCAUUUGCGAGCUGGACAGGACUCGGCCGCGGGUCGUGAGAUGGCCGGCGUCACCCAAUCCGCUCAUCUGAUAGAGACGAUGUCGCGGAUACUGGCCGCCCGCACUCUUCGACUAGCCGAGGAGGAGAAGACGGUGCUCACAGGGGCACACUUGAGGUGA